AUGGUCGCACAAACCUCCAAGCCGUCGAGUCGCAGCUCUUCUGUGACAGCGCCAGUCGAGAGCUCGUCGUUAAGCCAACACCAUGCGAUUGCGACUUCCUCAUCCUUGAGAGCGGCGCUCAAGAAGCCCUUCCAGGGUUGGUCAAAGGAGCUCCUUCGCGCAAGAGACGACGACGACGAUGACUACAAUUUCUCGAGUGGUAUGCGCCGUGGCGCCCAGUACCACCAGGAACACUCCUAG